AGCAUCCUAUUAAAGCGAUCUGCCAGUGGGUUGUGUAGAGCAACUUGCAGCACCAACUAAAACAGCGCUUUCAAGUGCUAUAGGAGCAGCAAACAGCAUCCGGAGCUAUACGUGUUGACAUUGGGACGUCAUUUCUGGACUGUCGCAAACAUGAUUGCCACCACACAACAGAACAUGACAACUGAGCUGCAGGAUUUGGGCAGCACGGGCGGACCUCCCCGAAACUGGAAGGGCAUCGGGAUCGCCAUGGUGGUCAUCCUGGGGGUCAUGUCCCUAGUCUCCCUCUCCAUUUUUCUUCUCACCCCUGAUGAAUCUCAUCUCCUGUUGCUCUCUCGUCUAACUGUGGAGAGCCUUGAAAAUGAAGAUUUCAAAGUUCACGACCCUUGUGCGACGUGGCUAAACGAGAACGAGGUGUCGGUAUGCACCCAGGAAGGUCACGUUCUAAUCCACAAUCUCAGCACCAAUGUAACAACCACGCUGUUAGACAACAGCACCCUGGAUCUGAAGUCCAUGAGGUUCCAGGUUUCUGCUGAUAAGAGGUUCAUCCUAAUGGCCUAUGAUAUACGCCCUGUAUUCUCACAGUCCUUCACUGCAUCUUUUGCAAUCUACACUGUGACCAGCGGGGAAAUUGUGGACCUCACACCACCAGAUGAGGAUGUGUCUGUACUUCAGUAUGCGGCGUGGGGGCCUCAAGGGAACCAGCUGGUCUUUGUUUUCGAGAAUGACAUCUACUACCAGCCCGAUGUUUCCAGCAAGGCGAUGCGUUUGACAACCACAGGCAGAAGUGCACUGGUGCUUAAUGGACUGUCUGAUUGGACCUAUGAGGAGGAAAUACUCCUGAAAUAUCCUGCAUUCUGGUGGGCCAAAGAUGGUGCGCGGCUGGCAUAUCUUUCCAUCAACAACUCAGCCACGCCUUUUAUGGAGAUACCUCACUUCCUGGGCGGGAUCUAUCCAUCUAAUGUGGUCUACCCGUACCCAAAGGCAGGUUCCAGAAUCCCAUCAGCCAGCCUGUUUGUGGUGAAUUUAUACGGUCCAGCUCACACAUUAGAAAUGAUUCCACCCGACUCCCUAAACAACAGAGAUAGCUACAUCUCCAUGGUGAGUUGGAUCAGCAAUACUCGUCUAGCCAUGCGAUGGUUGAACCGGGUCCAGAAUCAUUCUGUGCUGUGUGUGUGCGAGGCCACGACAGGAGCCUGCUCAGAGAGGCACCAAAUGACGUUGGAUUUUUGGCACAACAAUCAGCGGCAGGACGAGCCGAUGUUCACGGCAGAUGGUUCCCUGUUUUAUCUCAUCCUGCCUGCCAAGCAAGGUGCCCGUGGGGAGUUUCUUCACAUCGCCAGUCUCCCCGCUCAGACUUUAACCCCAUCGGCUUCUCCUCGCUUUCUGACAUCAGGGAACUGGGACGUGACCUCACUAUGCGCCCUUGAUGAGGAGAACAAUAAAAUAUAUUUCCUGAGUACGGAGGAGUCGCAGCAGAGCAGACACUUAUACAGUGUGGAGCUGGGAGGAGUGUUUCAUCGCCAGUGUCUUACAUGCAACCUGUUCGAAAGAUGUAACGUCUACAAAGCAGACUUUAGUCCUAACCAGACAUAUCUUACUCUCUACUGCUUGGGGCCAGGUGUCCCAAGAGUGACUAUUCACAGCACAAGUGACCCAUCCAAAUACACAGUGGUGGAAGACAACAGCCUCCUUGCAAUAUCUCUCGAAACCAAAAGGCUUCCCGAGAUGCUUUUCCGGACAUUUUCCACCGAAAACAAUGACCUAGAUCUGAAGAUGUCUUUGCCCCCUGGAUACGAGGGAAACCUCCACCCUCUUCUUAUGAUCAUUGAUGGUGCUCCUGGUAUGCAGUCUGUAACGGAGGAGUUUGCCCUGGGCUGGCCGGAGGUUUUGUCCAGUCUGCACGGAGUGGCGCUUGCGUGGAUCGACAUCAGGAGCCGAUUGUCACAGGGGCAGAAAAGCAGCACUAUAGACCCUCGUAAACUAGGAUUCCUCCGCAUUAAAGAUCAGCUCGGUGUCAUUGAGUGGUUGAUGCAGCUGCCGUACAUCGAUGGGAGAAGAAUAGCUGUGUAUGGAAAGGGCUUUGGUGGAUAUUUAAGUUUGAAGAUGUUGACAGCAACUGAUCGGAUGUUUAAAUGUGCUGCUGUUAUGGCUCCUGUUACAGACUUCAAGCUCUACAGUGCCACUUUCUCAGAGAGAUAUCUGGGUGUCCCUGCAAAAGAGGAACAUUCCUACAUGACUGCAUCUUUGCUGGACGACAUCCACAAGCUUAAAGACGAAAGUUUUCUCCUCAUACACGGGACUGCAGAUGCUCGUGUUCACUUCCAGCACAGCGCUGAAUUACUGAGUCGUCUAGUGAAAGUGGAGGCCAACUACACCCUUCAGCUGUACCCGGACGAAGGCCACAACUUAAGACAUGAGCAGAGCAUCCAGCACCUACACCGCACCCUCCUUCACUACCUCCAAAACUGCCUCAAACACGACCCCUUCCUCGAAGCAGAGGAGGAAGAAGAAGAGGAGGAAGAAUAAUCUCUUUCACUGUAUCUUCAGAAGAGCCUCCAAGCACCAAUGUCUGACUUGUGUUAUGCCACCAAGAGAACAAAGAGCAAAGGCUCAGGAGGAUCAAAUCCACCAGCUAUUUACAGCCAACACAAUUUUCAAAUAUCAGAUCAAUGACCAUAAAUGUCAGAAAAUGACAGCAGGGAGAUGAAGCAUACCCGAUUCAUACAGUCUACAAAUGAAGCACAUAUGAAGUCAUUCAAUCUACAUCUUUGAUCAGGUUGUGGGUAAAUGGGUAAAAGAUGCUGCACAGGCAUGUUCGAUAGCCUUGAUGUCACAGUGCCACCUUGUGGUGAACGACACUUCUUCAAUAUAUUCUAUGUGGUAUGCAGCAUGGGUGGUAGGGUUGGAAAAUACACCAAAACGGCUUUGUAGUAGCCUAUACUGUGGAAGAUUUGACUGAAUGUGAAUUGCAACAUAUUCUUUGAACCUGGCUCUUGAUAUGCAUGACAAACCGGCUGCAUGGUGCUGUUUACCGUUUCAAAAUCUCUGUGCCAAACCCUAUAGGAUCCUCUCAUAACAAAGUGGAAAUCGCACACCAGAUGUCAGCAUGUCUGUGCACGGACGGUCUGUUUAAAACCCAGAGAGCAUCUUUAAAGCAUUGCAGUAUGCACAGGCUGUCCUGCCAAUAAGGGUACAAAAUCAAUGCCACAAUCUCAACAUCACACUGCAUGCUGCUGUUUACAGAAGCCCUUAUACGGUUUACAUCAAAUCUCUACGUUGAGCCAUGCUGUCUGUAUUUUCACACUGUAUUUUCACCGGCAGACAAACUUUAUUUUUUUACUUUUUAUUUUUGUCAUGUUUACAUACGAAAUGUGCCAAAUACUUUGUGACCAAACCUUUCAAUAUUAAGUUGUGUUACAGUUCUGAAUGUGGCAGUUUGUGCAUUUACUAAAUUUUUAUUUCAUUGCAACUGAUAUCCCUGUAAAAUAAGUACUGUGACGGUAGCAUGUUACAGUGGUAAUCAGUGCUCGAAUUGAAUCAAGGCUUAUGGGGGGUCCCCACCAUAAGACUUUUUUUGGUGGGGGUGGGGGUUAGUCUCGCAAUAUACAAUUUAUACAAAAUACUAGGGCUGUCAAAAGAUUAAUCGCGAUUAAUCGCAUCCAGAAUAAAAGUUUGUGUUUACAUAAUAUUUAUCUGUUUACUGUGCGUAAUAAUUUUGUAUUUAUUAACACAUACACAUCCAUGCAUAUAUUUAAGAAAAAUCUAAAUAUUGGUAAAUAUAAAUAAAUACAUGUAAAUAUUUCCUAAAUAUGUAUACUUGUGUAUGUGUUUGUAUUUAUAAAUACAAAAUUAAUAUGCACAGUACAUAGACAUAUGUUAUGUAAACACAAACUUUUAUUCUGGAUGCGAUUAAACGCGAUUAAUCUUUUGACAGCCCUACAAAAUACACAAUAUAUUUGAUCAUAAUAUGCAUAACUAUAUACUAUUUAUUAAAAGCAGGCUUACAUAAAAGAACAGGCUUCUUUUACUGUAUUUUGGUUCAAAUCAAUGCAGGCUUGGUGAACAGAAAUGACUUUUGAACAGUGUACGACCAACAGAAUAAUUCUAGCAUUAUUUACCAAUGUAGUAUUUACUAUUUCCCCUAAAAACAACUGGAUGAUUGACACUUUGUGAAUAUAAUGUUUGUUCCAAAAGACUUGUUUAAAUGCAAGAAACUAGUUUAUUAGGUAUUAAGAAUAUAAAUUGUGACAAGACCGGCUGUGUGUUAGUGUUGUGGGGAUUUUUCAACGAUUUCAGUGCAGUUUACAUAGUUACGUCCAGUAGGUGGCGGCAAGGGUGAGUCUGUCAGCAGACCAUUCAACCAUUUCAGUCCAAAAGUCUGCUUUAUUAAGGAACUAACUAUGGCUAUCAAUAUGUCAAUCAUAGAGUGAAUCCCGCAUUUAUAUGCCGAUGUAAUUCCCAAAAGCCGUUGGUCUGAGCAGCAUGAAAAACAAGUUUUAUACAAUUCUGAGUGGAUUAUAUAAAGCACAGAAACCGCACAACGAGCACUCCGAUUAUAAUUACUAAAAAGCUGUCACUCAUCUUCAUCGAGAACUCUAGCACCCAGAACCAGGCCUAAUAAUAAUUUACGCAAGGAAUACAAAAGCCCCGACAUGGAGUUGAUAAAUAUAGUGGAAAGAUAUAUAGAGAGAGAAAAUUACCCCUCAAAAAAGUAGAAGCUUCCUCUUCCCGACUGCGAGUGGACGUUUAUUAUUCUCCACUUAUUAGCUGAAGUUAGCUUCACCGGAGCGACGCUAAUCAAGCAGUCAUGUCAACGAUGUCCUGCGAUUAGCGGUCUUUAGCUGUGGGGCGGGGCGUUUAAAAUUUAAAGAGACAUGACAACUAGCCCAUAAACAAACUUAAUAUAAAUUAUUGUAAAUAAUUAAUUCACGAAAUUUACCAUAUCCAUUGCAUGAAUUUAAUCACAUUUGUCAUUAUCAUUUUUACUCAAAUAAAAAUAUCUGAGGGUCCCCCCAGCCCCCUUCAAUUCGAGCACUGGUGGUAAUACUGGGGUAUUUUGAUAUUCAUAUUGUAUUCUUAUAACCAUAUUGCCAAACAUAUCAGAUUAACUUUUUUUGUGUGGUAUUGACAUGCCAUUACAAUGAUAUUUUAAAGAGUAGCAUAAUACUACCAUGGACCAUGUUAAAAAAGGUAUCACAAUGCAAAAAUAUGCAAAAAAUGGUACUAGCAAUGUAGCACUUUUUUGUUAAUUGUUCAUUUAUAAUUGAUAUAUGCAGGUUUGAGAAACCAGAAGUUCACCAGCUCAUAACACAGUGACAUCUGUUAAACAAAAGACAUCAUAAACUCAUAACAUAAAUGAUAACAGAUUAGACAAGAUAGCAAUAAAAAGCAGUAUUGAUACUUUGAAGUAUAUUGCUUAUUAUUGUGAUGAAAUGCAUAUCACAGUGUUCUCACCUGCCUUGAACCUUCUCAUUCGCCAAUCAAAUAUUUACUUCGGAAACUUUUUGUGAGCUUCAUUUAUUGCUGAAAUGUAUGUAUGUAAAAACCUUGUAAGUUCCGUGCAAACCUUGUGAAGCAAGUUACAUAUUUCAGAAUGUUAUAUUGUGCUGUUGGUCCAAGAAACUACAGAGCCAUGCUAAUGUCAUAGGCAGCAUGAUGUCUGUUUGAAUUGAACAUCCCAUUUGUUUUUGAUUAACCCUUUUCCAAUAAAGUCUACAAUCUUUGUGUAUAUUAUGUUCAUAUUAUA